AUGGCAAAACCAGAUUUGAGUGAUUUAUUUUAUUACAUCAAGCCACAAGAACAAACCAAUCAUACUUCGCUUUCACAAGGAACAGCCAGUGACUUAAGCGAAAACAUAGGUCCAAAUUUAAACGACUUUGACCUAACAGCCAUUUAUGAUCGAUUUGUUCGACCAUAUAAAGAGAAAGGGGUUGAACGAGACCCCACAUAUUUUCCUUAUAUUAAUAACCUUCCAGGAAAAGUAAAAAUAAUUCCAGAUAGAAGUUUCAGAAAAUUCUUUGAAAAUAAAAAUAAAAGAAAAUGGGGCAAAAAAUAUCCACCAGAAGACUAUCCACUAGAUGCUAAAACGAUCGAAAAUAAUAUGUUGAACUUACUUAAGCCAGGACAGAUUCCAGGAGUAACUUCCAGUACAGCAACUUUGGACGGAGAUGAUCGGACGCAUGAGAAGAAAAAAAAAAAGAAGCAUAAACAUGAAAAUAAUUAUGAUGUGGAUAGAAAAAGAAAACAUAAACACGAUAAAGAUCAUAGAAAGGGCUCUCACGACCGCAUAAUUAAUCAAAAUGACAUAAUCAAAUAG